AAUAAAGCAUUACGAGAGCUUGUCAAAUUACGCAAUACAACGAUCGAGAACUCUCGGUACCGCUUUUACCGUUGGGGGCUUAUUAUUUGGUUGUUCAUAAAGGGUGUGCUAUUAGGGUUUAACGCACUAAAAGGUGGAGUGCAUGCACACAAAUUCCAACAACCUUUCUUUCCAUCAUCAUCUUUGUUAAAAUGGCACAACUUCGACGAAUCAAUUUUGAUUCAACUUGGUUGUUGACUCUACCUAACCCCGCUGAUCAUCCAACAAGCACAUGCAAUCUGUUGAUUGAUCCUUGGUUAUCCGAUGCAGAACAAAUUGAUUUAGUGGUUUCGUUUUCAGGUCAAAAACGUCAAACUGCAGCAUUGGCAUCUUCGAUUGGAGAAUUGGAAAGUGUGUUAGAACAAGAGAAUGUCGCAAAUAGUGCAUCUGAUGAUCGUCCACCAUCCAACAAGAUAGACGCAAUCGUCAUCAGUCAUCCUUUCAGUGAUCAUUUGCAUCCUGAAACACUUACUGAUGAACGUGUUGCAGAACGAAUUCCGAUCUUCGUCACGCAAGAUGCAGAAGGUGCAUUAAGAAAAGUUCUUGGCAGCAAAGGCAAAUCAAACUCGAUCACAGUCAUCAAAGCAGCCUCUAUGGAUACGCCACCCGGUUGGAUCAGUGAAAAAUCAGAAAAUAAAAACAGUACACCAUUGCCUAACAAUAUGGAAAUCUUACAAGCUUUGCCACAAGAAAAGUUCCUUUACUUUCAAGGACCAGCAGGAAUGGCAUGGAAGAAGUUACAUGGUGGUUUGAUCUUCCUGUGGCGAUCAACAAAUGCGGAGAGUUUGAACUCGAUCGUCUAUUCUCCACAUGGUCUUACGCCCAAGAGUAUUCCUACUUGGCUUACGAACAAAGAAUUGUCAAUUCAACAUUGGGCAAUCUUGACAAUGUUUGAUAAGUUAGAAUUACCUCAUUGGCUAUCUGGUACUGUCAAUUUGGGUCUUGCCGCUGUAUUGGAGAUGAUACAAGGUGAUUCAAACACGAAACCAAUAUACCCUGCCCGUUAUAUCAUCGAUACCCAUGGAGAGUUCAAGGAUAUGCGUGGCCUUAUUGCUCGAUUGUUACGCAGAUAUUGGCUGAACACUGAUCAAUUGAUCCAAGAUUUCGAUGCUGAAAGAGAGGCUACAAGAGCAGAGAAAGCUCAACAAGCAAUCGAUCAAAUAGAAAAGACUGAAAAUACCACUUCCAAAGCUACACUCUUGCAAGUUGGCGAAUCAGUUUCCUUCACUUAAAACGUUACGACCCUUACACAAUUGUACAUUACAGCAUCCAUCACAUGUAUACCCCAGUCAAAUCAUAUUCGAACUUUCUAAAUUCAAUUCAGAUCAUAUUUUCUCUAGAUACAAAUAUCCUGAUUCCUUAAAGUGCGUGUUGAGUUGUCUGUCAUCUUUUAGUAAGAGAAACUUAAGCAGUGUAUGUGGAAGCAGACACAUUACCACCACGACCGGUCCAGUUAAUGUGGAUAUCAGCUCCAGCCUUGAGGUGAUCAUUUUCUUUACCGGGCAAAA